AUGGUGAAAUAUUAUGGUUACUGGGCUCCGUCACCCGAUCCGAUUUACAAAUUUCAACCUUUCGUCGAGGAUUACGAGGAAACCGAUGAUGAAGACUAUUGGCUUUUCGCGCUUGGUCCUCACACAUCGCAGGGCCCUUCCACUGGCCAUCCCCCAUUGCUCGGCCCUCCGCGGGGCGCCGCCUACUUCAUGGGCUACACACACGAACCGUACGGGCAGCAUGCUUACGUGGAGCAAAUGUCGGCUGGUGGCUCGAAUGGGGAUGGGCAAACGGCGAUCGGCGGCUAUUUCAACCAGCAGCAAUAUCAAUAUGCCUACCACGGAGCACAGUAUUACCCCGGCUACAGUUACACGCCGUAUGGAGGCCCGUCAGCAACAGCUCAGCAACAGAGCGGUGGAGCGACGAUCGGUGGUGCUUAUGCCGCAUACCCAUCACAAUCCACCGCCUAUCGACCCUACCCUCAGCCAUCGCCUCCAAAUCGGAGAUCAAGGACGGCUCCGGCGAGGAACCGGCCCACAGCUCCGCCACCCCCUUUGCCCACCUAUCCGACAAUGCAACGAACGAUGAAGCCACGGGGAUACAGUGCUGAUCCAUUGGAGAGAAGUCGAUUUGCGUAUUCGGGUCCUUUUAAAAGACCGCAACCGUUGUAUAGGAAAAGGAGAGAUCCCAGAGGUGGAGGAUAUUUUCAGGAAACCGAUUUCGGCGCCGGUGCCCCGAUCGACUAUGGGAUGGGCUUUCAGCGCCCUGUUUACCCGCCUUACCUCGAGCAAGGUGUGCCAACGACAAUGCGACGGAUACGACCCUACUAUGCCCCGUCCUACACAACGUAUCCCCCAUCGACAAUGCAUCGGCCAAAGCGGAAGCACAAACCCGAGAAAUAUCCGAUCAUCUUUCGCGCGGUGCUGAAAGCGGCGCAAUUGAUAAUCGGUGCUGCAAUUCUUGGCUUGGUGCUGUCACCAAUGCGGACGAGUCCCGGUUUUCAUGCGUUUGUUGUAAGGACAAAAACAGAAUGGCAGGGAGCCGUCGUCGGCAUCACGGCCACAUUUUCGAUUCUAACGCUAACGCUUUUGGCGACGAGUUUCUGUCUAGCGCACAAGGUGGCCGCGUGGAGGAGAUUUGAUGCGUUGAUCUCGAUGGCGGCGGCUUUCUGCUACCUUGUCGCCGGCUUCAUUGAGGCGUAUUUUGCGGCCUGCUAUCCGCCGGACGGGAAGAAUCUAAAUCUCGUCUGUCAUCGACCGGAAUGGAUUAUUGCGACGAUUUUGGUCUUCAUCAACGUCGUCGCUUAUAUAAUCGAUUUCUGGCUAGCCUGGGCCGCUGGAGUGACACUUUUA